AUGGAAACCAUCCCUGCUGAAACCUUGGGCGUGGCCCGCUACGAGAGCAAGCGCACCAUAAUUGCCGACAAUUCCAAUGAGGACGUCAAAGCCUGGCUCACGAAGAACACAUGCGGAAACAACCUCCCAUGGGUGCUUCGCCUGGUGCCAGAGCACGCCAAAGAGAUCAACGAUGCCUACCCUCGUAUGUUAAGCAUGCUCACUGGCUCACGUAACGUAGGCUGUGUCUGGGGCACCGCCUUGAUCGAGACCACCGUUGAGGUGACUACAUGCGGCGGUGAUGAAAGACCACGCAUCAUGUACCGCGCAAUCCACGAUAACUCUUCACUGGAAGCGAGACUCGGCACUGGCACCAAUCCCCUCUUCAUGCAGAUCCAUUGUCAGAAGCACCUCAGCUGGAGAUGCCGGGAGCUGAGCCCGUUCGUUUCCGCCACUCCAUUUUACAGAAAGGCUGUCAGAUUGGCUGAGCUGUUCGAGGAGCGAAACUACACAGGCAUUCAAAUCGUCAAGUUCCGCACCGACGGCCCAGGCUGGGACCACAAUACCCAGCGAAUCUGGAAGGUUAGGGAUCUCAUCAACCGACUUGAGAUCAAGCACGUCUGGGCGUUCACUACCGACGGCGAGUACCUGGUCGAGCAUUCUAUUCCCCAGGAGAGCGUCAUCUCACGACAAAUCUGGGGCGAGGUGAAGGAGAAAGCUGACCCCGACGGCAGCAUCCGUGCCGAAGUCCGAGCAGAGGUCCAGAAGCACAAAGACAACUACAAGCGCAACAAGUCGGCCACUGGUAAGAGAAAGCGACAACAAGAGGAGAAGCACGGUGCGGAAGUCGGCGAAGACGAGGAGAGUCCCAAGGAGGCCGAGUCGUACAGAAUUGCCAAUGGCAAGCGAGUCAAGGUUGGCGACAAGCUAGGCCCCAGCGCGGCUACCUGA